ACAACCGAAAAUGGAACAGAAAUGAUACAUACUACACACUUAACGAUUCGACUCCACACCACAGAAUUUAGACAGAACAUAUCCCACCCGACAACUCUACCCGUCUUUUCUACCAUCUCUUCCAAAUACCCCCGAAACAACCUAAUAACACCCUCCUCCAAUCAUCAAUCAAUCCAUACACGAAAAACGCCCAACUACGCCUCUAAAUAA